AUGGGAGAACCAGCGACGACGGCCGAACUUCCAACCCUCAAGCUUCUCCUGAUUGGGUCGUCAGGUGUGGGAAAGUCGGCCUUGGUGCGCAGAUAUACGGACGAUGUGUUUGUGGAAGAGGAUGCUGCUGCGACCAUCGGCGUAGACUACAAGAUCAAGAGCUUGUGUGUGGAUGGCAAAUGGUUUAAGCUUAGUAUCUGGGACACAGCAGGGCAAGAGCGUUAUCGCACGCUUACAAGUAGUUAUUAUCGGGGCGCACAGGGAGUGGUUAUUCUGUACGACGUGACGGAUCUGCGUUCCUAUGAAGAUGUGCCACAGUGGGUGCACGAACUCCGCACAUUCGAAGGCGAUGUGCCUCCAGUAUGUUUACUGGCUGGAAACAAGGUGGAUAUCGCGGAGGAGCGUCAAGUAUCGACGGAGCAGGGCCAAGCAUAUGCACAGGAGAAUGGCAUGCUCUUUGUCGAGUGCAGUGCGAAAGCAGGACAAGGUGUUGAUCAUGCAUUUGACGAGCUCGUUCGCAAAGUCGUCUCAACACCGGCGCUGUGGCUGCAUGUAGCACCGGGUGUGCGACGGCCGGGUGAUCGGAUUCCAGGAGGCGCACCUGACGCGGGUGGUACAAUUUCGUUAUCUAGCGUCACGGAUUCUAUGAAUAACAGCUGGGACGCAGUGCAGCAACGCUGUGGUUGCUGA